UGGCGCGUUACUGCGUGAAGCCUGCAUGGAGUGGAAAAUCUACGACAAGAAUCCUGCCAUCGUCACAGAUAACGCCAGGAAUAUGAUUGUGGCCGGUGCAGAAGCCCAGUUCAGUCCACACAUUACCUGCUUCGCACAUACACUCAACCUUGCCUCGCAGAAGGGUUUGGGGGUGGACCGUGCUUCCAGGUUGUUGGGGAAAGUGCGAAAAAUUGUUGGAUAUUUUCACCGCAGCCCGAUUGCAUGUCACGCCCUACAGGGAAAAACAAACUCUGAUGGAUUUACCAAAACAUAAACUGAUCCAAGACAUAAUCACCAGAUGGAACAGUUCAUUCGAAAUGCUUGAACGUUUUUUGGAACAACAGCCAGCUAUAAUGGCAACUCUGAUGUCCAAGGAUCUACGAAAGGGGGUCACAGAUGUAGGCACGCUGAGUGAGAGUGAUAUUGCCAACAUGGAUGACAUUGUUCAGUUGAUGGGUCCUGUCAAAAUGGCAACCACUGUGAUGUGUGAAGAAGACCAGCCAACUCUCUCUGUAAUUGCUCCUCUUCAAGCAAAACUGCUGAAACACCUACAGCCAUGCGAAGACGACUCAACCCUGGUUGCAGAGAUUAAGAGGGUGAUGGCCAGUGACCUCUCCACACGCUACAGAGGCACCCAAGAUGCUCUCAACAUAGCAUCAGCGUUGGACCCGCGAUUUAAAGAACUGCCCUACCUGGAAAAAGAGGACAGAGAACAGGUCUACACAAAACUGGUUUUUGAGGCAGAAGUGUCCCACCAGAUGCAAGCAAUGGGAAAUCAGGAGGAAGACGAGGGAAGCUCAAGCACAAAGCUGUCAGGAUUCAAUGAAGAGACCACAGCUCCAAAUGAGUCACCUCCUUGUAAGAAGAAAGCCUUAGAUGCGCUGUUUGGCGAUUCCUUCACCCAAAGAGAAAGAAAAUCCACAAGCGAGACAGCCAGAGCAGAGGUGUUAAGGUACCGAGCAAAAGAUGCGUUGCCUUUGACUGAAAAUGCCAUGAAGUGGUGGAGAUCUCAGGAGAAAGAGCUACCUGUACUUUCCACCCUUGCUAAACGGUACCUGUGCAUUCCAGGCACCAGUGUGCCAGCAGAACGAGUUUUUAGUACUGCUGGCGACAUAGUGAACGCACAGAGAAGGGUUCUGCGGCCAGAUCAUGUUGAUCAGUUGAUAUUUUUGGAAAAAAAUCUGUAGUCAUUGAAGAGUAGCCUAGUAGGUUACACUUGAUCUUUUGUUGAAUAUUGUUUGUUUAUUAAAAUGAGAGUAGUAGCAGGUUCAUCCACUGCUCAUUC